CCUUGUAAGAUAAAAGCUUUGUCGGCGGUGAAAAAGUUCCCUGCUCACCGGAAUGAAUGCAAGGGUCUUAGUCGAAUCACUCUUCGGGGCAUACCCGGGCUGGCUUCACACAAAUCGGUUCAGUUAAUAUUAAUCGAGGAAUCGAUUCGGCUUUUCUACGCCCCUUGCCUGCGUCAUCACUCCGAGCUCCCGCGGUAGGCCAUCUGCAAGACGUCCCACAGCAGCUCGGGUUGUUCUCUGCGUGGAAGAGUAGGGAGUAAAAGGGAAAACAGAAAAGGAGGACUGGCUUCUCUGGUUUACUCUGUUGGUUGCGUGUUCUGGAUUAAGCUGCAGGAUUUAAGACUUGGAGUAUGUGCUUUUUGCACUCAUGGAGGAUUUAAGACUUGCAGAGAAAAAAGCUAGAGAUUGUCUUGCCGUGGAUAAAUACAAUGUUGAGGCCUCAGAAACACUUGCAAAUAUAGCACAGUUUUUACCUAUUGCAGAGUCUGCACCAAUAUAUGAGCAACUUCUUUCUACAUUUCCGACAGUGGCCAAGUUCUGGAAGCAGUAUGUCGAAGCUCAAAUGGCUGUGAACAAUGAUGAUGCAGUAAAACAUAUUUUCAGUCGUUGCCUGUUGAAUUGCCUGCAGAUUGCUCUCUGGAGGUGCUACAUUCGUUUCAUCAGGAAAGUAAAUGAAAAGAAGGGAGCAGAAGGGCAAGAAGAGACCAGGAAGGCAUUUGAUUUCAUGCUGAGCUAUGUUGGUACUGACAUAUCCUCUGGGCCUGUAUGGAUGGAGUAUAUCACUUUUUUGAAGUCCAUACCUGCUGUCACUGUACAAGAUGAAUCACAACGCAUGACUGCAAUACGAAAAGCAUAUCAAAGAGCAAUUGUGACCCCAAUUCAUCAUGUGGAACAACUAUGGAGGGACUACGAAAGCUUUGAGAACUCUGUUAGCCAGGCAUUGGCUAAGGGCUUAUUAUCUGAGUAUCAACCAAAGUAUAAUAGCGCAAGAGCAGUGUACAGGGAGCGAAAAAAAUAUGUCGAUGAGAUAGAUUGGAAUAUGAUUGCUGUUCCACCAACUGGUUCCUGCAAGGAAGAGCAGCAAUGCAUGGCAUGGAAACGCCUGUUAACUUUUGAAAAAACCAAUCCACAAAGGAUUGAUGUUGCCUCGUCUAACAGAAGAGUUGCCUUCACAUAUGAGCAGUGUUUGAUGUAUCUAUACCAUUAUCCUGAUAUUUGGUAUGAUUAUGCUACAUGGCAUGCAAGGAGUGGCUCAAUGGAUGCUGCAGUCAAAAUCUUUCAGCGUGCUCUGAAGGCUUUACCUGAAUCUGAGGUACUAUGUUAUGCUUAUGCGGAACUUGAAGAGUCACAUGGAGAAAUUCAGGCUGCUAAAAAGGUAUAUGAAAAUCUUUUGGCCAACAGUGAAACAGCAACAGCAUUGUCUCACAUUCAGUUUAUUCGAUUUCUGAGACGAACUGAAGGCAUAGAAGCAGCCCGCAAGUACUUUGUGGAUGCUCGUAAAUCUCCAAACUGUACAUAUCAUGUUUACGUUGCUUAUGCAAUUAUGGCCUUUUGUCUUGACAAGGAUCCAAAGGUUGCACAAAAUGUAUUUGAAGCUGGGUUAAAGAGAUUUAUGCAUGAGCCAGGAUACAUUCUCGAGUAUGCAGAUUUCUUGUGCCGCUUAAAUGAUGAUAGAAAUGUUCGUGCUUUAUUUGAACGAGCCUUGAGUUUGCUUCCUCCAGAAGAGUCUGUUGAGGUAUGGAAACGUUUUGCCCAGUUUGAGCAAACAUAUGGUGACCUUGGAAGCAUGUUACAAGUAGAGCAAAGAAGGAAGGAAGCUCUUUCUAGCAGAGGAGAAGAGAGCUCAUCAUCUCUGGAGUCCUCUCUUUAUGAUGUCGUGUCCCGCUAUAGUUUUAUGGACCUUUGGCCUUGCUCAUCCAGGGAUUUGGAUCAUUUGGCUCGUAUCGAAUGGCUCGCUAAAAAUAUUAACAGGAAAGGUGACAAAACAACACUACCUUAUGAGACUGGUUCUUCAGAGAAGAAUUUGGCUUUGCAGGCACCAAAUUCUAAAACUGGUCUGGCAUCUACGAAAGUAAUUUAUCCAGAUGUAUCAAAGAUGGUCAUUUAUGAUCCAAGACAAAAACCUGGUGCUGGACUUCCUCCCAAUGCAACUGUACCUGGCCUUCCAAUUGUUUCUGCUUCCACCUCCUUGACAAACAGUUUGAGUUCAGUUGGCAAUGGAACAUCAAAGACUCCCGAUGAGAUGUUGAAAGUAAUGUCACCAGCCUUGGUUACGUUUAUAGCACAUCUGCCAGUAGUGGAAGGCCCAUCCCCAAAUGUAGACAUUGUCCUGUCCAUAUUGGCACAGUGCAACUUUCCUACUGGAGCUACUGGAAAAUCAACUAGGUUACAACAUCAAUCGGCUGUAGGUCCUGUUCAAAGCACCACAAACGAUCUAGCAGGGCCAGCAAAAUCAUGGUCAAAUGCAAAUAGCUCAUCUGCAAGACCACAGAGCCAUGCAGGAAAAAGAAGGGAUUCUGAUAGACAAGAUGAUGAUGAAAUAACCGUACAGAGCCAACCGCUGCAGCGAGACAUUUUCAGGCUUCGACAAAUGCGGAGGGCUAGGGGCUUGACCUCUUCACAGACUGGAUCCGCGUCUGUGGGGAGUGGAGCUAUUUCUGGGGAACCUUCUGGAAGUAGUGGAUGACUAAUUGGUCAAUCUACUACCUUGAAGGCCAGUGAGCAUUUCCUUUUUCCCUUUUUGUUGUGGCAGUUUUUUAACUUAAUGUUGCUACAACUUCUGAUGUAAGAAACAGUUCUUUUUUCUGAAGAAAGUUAUAGUUUCGUUUGGGCACAUUCUGCGUUUGAAUGUUUAUCGUAUCAUAAGCAUGCCAAUCUUGUAACAGUAUCCGUGUUCAUCUUCACUUUGCUUUGACUCAGCCAGUAAAGCAUCCAUGUGUUCUUAUGUUUUUCUUA